AUGAUUCCUCUAGCACUUGCUGGAAUCAGGUUCUUUGAAAAAAUUCUACUUCGAGCCGCGCCAGCCAUCCAAAGACCUGCGUCAAUAUCCUUGUACGCCCACGAUAUUCUCAAUGGAUGGCCAAAAACGACGCGGCGGGUUCGGCGGACGCGGGGGAUCGCGCCCCUCCCACCCACGCGUGCCCCCUCAAAAGCCAUCAACCCGGGCACAUCCGUCAAUAUCAUCCUCAAAGCCGACCAACCCACAGGACGUACAGUACCAGGCAGAGUGAGCGAAUUACUCACGCGUGGCGAUCACCCGCGAGGCGUCAAAGUGCGUCUUACCGACGGGCGCGUCGGCAGGGUACAGAGCCUCCGGAGCGGUGAGCCGACGCAGGAAAUAGAUGGAGGGGCAGAGGGCGCGCAAGAGAGCGCGCCCGGUAUUCAAUUAAGAGUAGAGGGAGGUGAUUUGAACGGGAGACACAAUCAUUUUGCCCCGCCUGAUGUGCGUCAUGAUGCGCUGGACAUGUACAUACGCCCCGCGAAGGCGAAGAAGAAGAGCAAGAAGACACAGGCUGGACGGAAUGAGCAACUAGAGGAGAGGCUUGAGGAUACAGACGGUGCCACUCAGCUACCGGGCUCUCUUAAAUGUCCCGUGUGCGCUGACUUCGAGGGCGACGAAGCCGCUGUGACGCACCACGUUGCUAGUCAUUUCGAAGAGUGA